CCNCGGCGCGGAGCAGGCUUUGCCCUCGCGGGGGCCCCGGGCGCGCGCCAAGGGAGUCCCGCUGAUCCCGGGUCCCGGGUCCUCGGGGCGCAGGGCCCUCGGGGUGCGUGGCGGGGGCGGCGCCCGGGCCGGCCAUGAGCUCUCCGCCGCCCGCCCGCAGGGGCUUCUACCGCCAGGAGGUGACCAAGACGGCUUGGGAGGUGCGCGCCGUGUACCAGGACCUGCAGCCCGUGGGCUCCGGCGCCUACGGCGCGGUGUGCUCGGCCGUGGACAGCCGCACGGGCGCCAAGGUGGCCAUCAAGAAGCUGUACCGGCCCUUCCAGUCGGAGCUCUUCGCCAAGCGCGCCUACCGCGAGCUGCGCCUGCUCAAGCACAUGCGCCACGAGAACGUCAUCGGGCUGCUGGACGUGUUCACGCCUGAUGAAACCCUGGAUGAUUUCACAGACUUUUACCUGGUGAUGCCGUUCAUGGGGACUGACCUGGGAAAGCUCAUGAAGCACGAGAAACUGAGCGAGGACCGAAUCCAGUUCCUUGUCUACCAGAUGCUGAAGGGGCUGAAGUACAUCCACGCUGCUGGCGUCAUCCACAGGGACCUGAAGCCUGGCAACCUGGCCGUGAAUGAGGACUGUGAGCUGAAGAUUCUGGACUUCGGCCUGGCGAGGCAGGCAGACAGCGAAAUGACUGGGUAUGUGGUGACCCGGUGGUAUCGGGCACCCGAGGUCAUCUUGAACUGGAUGCGCUACACACAGACAGUGGACGUCUGGUCAGCGGGCUGCAUCAUGGCGGAGAUGAUCACGGGGAAGACGCUGUUUAAGGGCAGUGACCACCUGGACCAGCUGAAGGAGAUCAUGAAGGUGACAGGGACGCCUCCCGCUGACUUUGUGCAGAGGCUGCAGAGUGCGGACGCAAAGAACUACAUGGAGGGCCUCCCCGAGUUGGAGAAGAAGGAUUUUGCCUCCAUCCUGACUAAUGCAAGCCCUCUGGCUGUGAACCUCCUGGAGAAAAUGCUGGUGCUAGAUGCAGAGCGGCGGGUGACGGCGGCCGAGGCGCUGACCCACCCCUACUUUGAGUCACUGCGCGACACGGAGGACGAGCCCAAGGCCCAGAAGUACGAUGAGUCCUUCGAUGAUAUGGACCGCACGCUGGACGAGUGGAAACGUGUCACAUAUAAAGAAGUGCUCAGCUUCAAGCCUCCCCUGCAGUUGGGGACCAAGGUCUCCAAGGAGACGGCUCUGUGAAGACCCCUGGGCCCCCAGAGUGGUGGUGAGGACGCCUUGGGGAUCCUGACUGGGGCUUCUACUUGGAAGGGGGAUCCUAAUUAUCACUGUGACUUUGGCUGGAGCUUACUUACAUCCCGGGAGACCUCUGGUUCCAUGGACUCCCCCUCCCCCAAGCCUGUUACCCCGCUCUCAAGACCCCACCUCAGCCUAACCUUGGGGGAGCAUCUGGACCUCCGGGACAGGAUGUCAACCUGACCGGGGACUGGCCUCCGACUUCCUGAGCAUUGGUCCCCUCCCCCAGGUGCAACAAGAAGGCUCAGAGCCUGUGGGGGGGGGGCGGUGAAGCUUGGGGUCCAGGCCUGGCCUCUGACCCUGCCUGCUCCAGCCCCUGCUGAAGCCCAGUUCAUAUAGCUGAGAGUGGACAGGGAGGGCGCAGAGCGCCUACUCAGGGAUGUCUCUCCUGGGGGCGUUGGUGUGGACUGUCCUGCACCCCCAGCCCAGAAUGUGCUAUGCCCACAUGGCUGGAAGGAAAUAAACCCUUUUGUAGAGAUCCCACUCUGGCUUUCCUAAUUCUCAGGCUGGAUCUCCACCUCUAGGCCCCGAGCCUCAGCCCCUGCUCAGCAGCUGGGCCUGGGCACCCCCUUCCUCCCAUGUCUACAGUGAGCCCAGAGCCUGAAGGCCCUGCACUAGGGAUGGGCCCGCGCCCUCUUGUGGACCGACCUUCCUUUAAUGGCUUAAACUCUGGAGCCAGACCCCAGGCAGGGCCUGAGGAGGACGGGGGUGAGGGGCCGACCUGGGGUUCAGUCCCAGCUGUCUGAGCUCCCUGCAUUCUCCAAGGCCGGGUUCCUGGCGAGGAGGGGUCACGCUUGGAACUUUGAGACACCUGUGGCACAGCGCACGAACGGGUUCUGUCGUUCCAAACCGACUGUCCCUCUGCCGGCCACACCCCACCGCCAACGGCG